AUGGCAGCGCAGUUUCCAGCGCACAUUGACCUGAACACCCUCCCCGCAGACACGGGACCCACGAGCGAAGAGGUGCAGCGGAAACCAUGGAAAUUUGUUGGUUAUCGAGGAUACGCGGAUUUUAUAGCAUCAGACGAUGACUUUUACAUGCUUCGUCGUUUUAAUACGUUACAUGUUCGGGUAUCUCUGAGUUAUCAAGAUAGGAUCGCUGCGCUCGAGGAGCAGCUCACAGAACUGGACGCAGAAUAUAGUAGGAGAGAAGCUGAAGACGUGGAUAAUGGAACAUUUCGCCAUGACCAAGAAGAUCGCCAGGCCUUGCUGGACAAUAUUGGUGAGGCGCUUUAUCAAUAUAGUAAGAAGAAAGCCCCAAAAAGUCUACCAAUCUUGUCAAUGGCGCUCACUCUUCUAGACAGGCUGGUGCUGCAACAGUCAGAACUAAGAAAGCUUCCUCCUGCCCUCAAGAAAGACGUCAAGAGUGUCAAAAACUGGCAUUUCAACCACGACCAUGCGGCAGUCGCGGCAGCUGAGCAAAAAUAUCUGGACCACGAAGCUGAUCUGUUCUCCAUGGCCACUACCAAAGGAAGAAGCCCGUUGCGGCAAGUCAUUGACAGCUCUCUUCGUCUAAGAACCCUUGGAUUGUGGAGCGUCGAGAAAGCAAAUAGUGCAGUACCAGCUUACGAUUCCGGAAAUAUCUCAUAUUAUUCGGAUAAGCGCAUAGACGCUUUCGUAUCAGGCUUGAUUGUGCUGAUUGGCAUCACCAUGCUCAUCACGCCAAUUUGGAUUCUGCAAAGUCUAAAUAGCAUGCAAUCAAAACUGUUUGUCAUAACAGUUUUCAUCCUUGUAUUUCUUCUCGUCUUAUCUUUGGCUAUGGUGGCGAAACCAUUCGAGGCCUUGGGAACGACGGCAGCGUAA